GCCUACUCCAUCACAAGACUGAAGUAAAGCUCUGGAAAAACCUACUUCAAUUGUUGGAGACACUUCAUGUUCACACUAAAUAUUGAACAGAGAAUUUUAAGUGGGGUCUUUCUGGAUGUUGAAUUUGGAAAAUGCGAUCUUCGUCAAAAAGAGAAAAAUAUUGUCUUGGAUCAAUAUCAAGUUGGCAAUGAAAUGAAAUGAAAUGUAGUUCCUGACUUUGUCAUAUUAUUAGGAAGGAACAUGCCUAUUAUGAACAUUAAUGAAAUUCAAAGUAACUGCAUGACUAACUUCCUCAAGUCAUGCUUGAUUGCACUCACAAAGCAAACAGCCUACUCCAUCACAAGACUGAAGUAAAGCUCUGGAAAACCUACUUCAAUUGUUGAAGACACUUCAUGUUCACACUAAAUGUUGAACAGAGAAUUUUAAGCCUGGACGCAUUCGAAACUACAUAUACAGCACAUGUUUUGUGCGCUCUAUAACCCUCUGCACCAGCGUUCAACGAACCCGUAAUGGGGGCCUAGGAAGUUCUUACUUUGUUACAUAAGCUGUUAUAUAAAAUAUUAGAUUUCAAUUCAAGAUGGCCGCCAGUAAGUUGGAACAGUUUCUGGAAAAUGUUGAUGAGAAGGUCUUGGAGUGUACCAUCUGCUUUAAGAGACUUAAAAAUCCAAAAUCCCUCAUUUGCCUCCAUAGUUUCUGUUUGGCAUGCCUGGAAGACUGGGUUAAGACUAAGGAAGAGCUGAUUUGUCCAACUUGCUCAAAAUCUUAUCCCGUUCCAAAGGGCGGGCUUCAAAAGCUUCCACCAAAUACCUUUCUAAAUAACUUAUUAGAAACUAUCGAACAAUUUUCAGAGAAAGAUCACAUGAAAUGUAGUGUUUGUCAAAAGGAAGAACCGGUAAAAUACUACUGCCAGGAUUGCAGACAGUACUUGUGCUCUACUUGUAUUGAUCAACAUAAAAAGUUUAAAGCCAUGGCAAAUCACAAGUUACACUUAAUGGAGGAUGUGCAAUCAAUGAGCCCCUCUCAGAUGACUUUGUUACAUCCACCUCUGUGUUCACAUCACAGUAAACCUUUGGAGUUCUACUGCACAGAUUGUAAAACUCCAAUAUGUGUACAUUGUAUACUUAUGGACCACAAUGCAUGGAAUGGAAAACACAAAUCAAUCAACAUUUCAGACGCAUUCCAAACAUUUAAAGAAACUUCAGUCACCUUGCAAAAAUCUGCUCAACACUUUUUUAACAAAUUAGAAGAUGGUCUCAAAGCUGUUAUAAAGAAUGCUACAAAAUUAGACAAAUGUAAAGACACAUGUUUGAGAGAUAUAGACAAUCACGUUGAAGAAAUAUUUAAAAAAGUAAAGGAGAAUAGAGACAAAAUGAAAAAUGAAGUAGAGACAAUCUACAAAAGAAAAAAGAAGGUAAAUGAUGUACAAAUGGAUGAAUUAAAAACAAAAAUAUCUGAUAUAAAUACAAAACUGUCUUUUCUUCAUCAAUUAUUGAAAAGUGAUGAAGGCACAGCAAUGCAGUCAAGUGAAACAGUAAUUACGGCACUGAAGGACAGAAUAAAUGAAUUACCAAAAACAGAGCCAGAUGAUAAUGGAAACAUUUACUUCUUCAUAAACAAACAGCAAAUGGCUUCAUUGAGACAAUGUGAUAUUGGGACUAUAAAAGAAUUUAGGGCAGCAGACUGUUUAACUUUAAAAGGAGAGGAAUCUGUGAUCAAAGAUCAAACAUUUAUUGUCAAAAUAAUCGAAACAGAAGAACAUGAAAUAUAUGCAAGUCAACUGAAGGCAACAUGGAUACAGCCUACAGGGGAAACCAACAUCUCUCAAAUUCAGGAAGAUGACAAUGGAGAUUACUUUGUGACAGGAAAAUGCACAAGUCCAGGAGUUUGUAAACUAGACGUGAGUGCUGGUGAUAAACCAAUUAACCAAUCACCAAUGAUAAUCAAAGUAGAAGAGGGAAGAUUAGUAAAUACUAUUGAAGUAAAUGCAACAUAUAUUACAGAUGUAGUUAAGUGUGAAGAUGACUUCUUACUGGUUUCAUGUGCAACAAAUGAAAUGCUCAAGUACAAGCAAUCAGGAGAAUAUAUUGAAAUCAAUGAUGAUGUCUUCAGACAGCUGUUGACUGUUAUUUCGGAAUGGUAUGACCAGAUGGGAUACAUCAAUAUGCUGAAGGUUUUGUACAGAGAUCUUUUGAAAAACAAUUACGAGUUGAAUAAGGCUACUAAAGUGAUGGACCUAAUGAAUUUGUUGAUUGCUUCUGGGGAUUUACACUCAACCCAUUUAAGUCUUCUAUAUGAUACCAUAAACAUAACAAAGCAGUAUGGAUUGGAAAGAAAAAUUCAAGAUGUACUGCCAGUAUAUCAAAUUGGUAAAGUUGUAGAAAUCUCAGAAUUCACACAUCAUCGACGAAAAGUUAUGAAGCUUGGAAUGGUACCUGUCUCUUAUACACAUCUAGAUGUGUAUAAGAGACAGCCCUUGAAAAACACCCAUUUCCUGAUUGGAGACACUUCACAUAUGCACCUCACUGAAAAACCAACCGAAGAAUUUUAA